AUGGCUUUUCGUCAAUUUGAAGAUUCCCCUGAACUUUGGAGAUUUGGGAAAAAUAUUUCUUUGGAUCCAAUUGAUCAUUUUAGUAAUCAAAUUGAUUUUGAAUGUGCUGAUGUUAGGUAUAUUCCCCUUAAAAUUCUCUCUCUUCAAAAAUUUCUUUCCAGUUUUUGUCCAGAUCCAUGUUGUGGCAGAAACAGUACAAGAUUUUUCCGCGAAGGUGAUACUCAUAAUUAUGCUUUUGAUGAUGAUAUUUCUGCAACAUUCAACGACAGUAUUCAAAAUUAUACUAAAAAAAUGACUAGAAAUGAACGUAAAUUUGGGUGGUGUGCUCAUUCAACUUGUUCUUUGAAGGGAAAACGGCAUAUAGAUUAUUCAGAAACAAAAGAAUAUUUUGAAGACAAAAAACUUCAAGAAGAAAUUCAAAAAAGAAGUCGGAAAAAUAAAAAUAUUAAAAAUGGAACUGAGGGAGAAGAUCAAAUAAUUAAAAUACUUUUAAGAAGGGAGACUAGUACACAUUAUUGUUACUUGGAGGAGCCCUUCAAUGACGAUUUUCUUGGAAUAAUGAAUCGUUGGAAUCUUAGUUGUGCUUGUGUUUUUCCAAAUAAUUCAAUUGAUCACAGUAAACUUUAUCGUUUUGAUGUUCUCGAAUGUGUUGAUGUUAAUGAAUGUAUUUUUGAAGAAUGUCCUUAUCCAGAACAAUGUGUUAAUAUGGUUGAUAGAUAUGUUUGUGCUUGCCCUCCCGGUUAUUAUCGUCAAAAAGAUAUUACAAAUGAAAAAAUUGUUAAAAAUGAAAAGGAAGAGGGGAAAAAGAAUGAAGGAACUUGUGUAAAAAUUUAUUAUAAGAGUAUUGGCAGAAAUCUUCCCAAUAAUUUGUUUAGUUAA